GCCCUUGGGCCCUGGAAGCGCCCAGUCACAUAUUUAUCAAAAAAAACUGGACCCAGUAGCCAGUGGAUGGCCCUCCUGCUUAAGGGCGAUUGCCGCCACCGCCCAGCUGGUGAAAGAUGCAGAUAAGCUAACUCUGGGCCAACAGAUAACCAUAGUAGCCCCCCAUGCCUUAGAAAGCAUUAUCAGACAGCCUCCAGAUCGAUGGAUGACCAACGCCCGGAUGACUCACUACCAGAGUCUGCUCCUAACUGAAAGAAUCACCUUUGCCCCACCGGCCAUCUUAAACCCGGCCACACUGCUGCCCGAAACGGAUGACGAAAUACCCGUUCACCAAUGCGGCGACAUCCUGGCAUCAGAGACGGGGACCCGACCCGAUUUGCCAGAUAAGCCAUGGGCUGGGGCCCCUAAUUGGUACACCGAUGGCAGCAGCUUUAUGGCAGAAGUAUUUGUAGAUACCUUCUCGGGAUGGGUAGAGGCUUUCCCCACCCGAAAAGAGACUGCCUCUGUAGUAGCCAAGAAGAUAUUGGAAAAAAUCCUCCCGAGAUUCGGGAUCCCAAAGGUAAUUGGAUCUGACAAUGGUCCUGCAUUCGUUGCCCAGGUAAGUCAGGGACUGGCCAGUCAACUGGGGAUCAAUUGGAAAUUACAUUGUGCUUAUAGACCCCAGAGCUCAGGCCAGGUAGAAAGGAUGAAUAGAACAAUUAAAGAGACCCUAACUAAAUUGUCCAUAGAGACCGGCGGUGAUGACUGGACAGCCCUCCUGCCCUUUGCCCUGUUCCGCGCCCGGAACACCCCACAAGGGCCCUUAAAACUUACAUCCUUUGAGAUCCUCUAUGGAACCCCUCCCCCUUUGGCACAAAUAGGGAUACAUGACCCUGACAUUAUACCUUCUAUACCUUUGUCAGCCCACUUGAAAGCACUUGAGGCCGUCAGGCACGACAUCUGGAACCAGCUAAAAGAGGCCUACCAGCCUGGUGAUCUGCUCAUCCCGCACCAAUUCCAGGUUGGGGACUCUGUCCUUGUGAGACGACAUCGGACGGGGUCAUUAGAGCCACGUUGGAAGGGGCCCUACGUGGUGCUCCUCACUACGCCCACAGCAGUCAAGGUGGACGGUAUAACCUCUUGGGUUCACGCCACACAUGUAAAGAAGGCACCCCAGAAUGCAGCAGAUCUCUGGAAGGUGGAAAAGACUGAUAACCCUCUUAAGCUGCGUUUGCGUCGUGGGAACGGCGAGCAGCUUGUCCAAUCCUAACCCCCACGCUCCUCAACUGCUCACGUGGCAAGUCGUCUCCCAGGUAGGAGAUAUAACCUGGUUAAUCCAAAAAAACUGCUCCCCCUUGGACAUGGUGGCCAGACUUACACCCUGACCUUUGUAAACUAGUUAUUGGAGCCC